AUGAACCGCGUCCGCGAUCCAUUCAACCUCCACACGAACCGCCCGGGUACCACCUUUGCCGCCAUCAACAUCCUCCGCGCAACGGCCACCACUGCCGCGAGUGCUGCCACCACCGCUGCCACCGAGAUCCGCGACCGCGCCGCUGAGAAAGCCGCUGAAGCCACGAAAAGCGCCGCCUGGCAACAAGCCGUCGAGACCGCCUCGAGAGCUGCCGAGUUCGCAGAACAAGCUGCUGAACGCACCCGCCACGCCGUCGCCGGCGCCGUAGCUGAGGCCGCAGAAGUUGCUGAGGCUGCUGCGAAGGAAGUUGAACGGACGCUUGAUCAGGGGUUUCAGAGCCAGUCAGCGUCAGAGAGACAGAUAGAGGAGCAGUCAUACCUAGAGCAGGGCCUGUUACUGCCGGGUGCUGCUAAAGAGCCACCAGAAGACGAAGACGAAGACGACCCAGAAAACCAGAUGGCCGCUUUCUCGAUCCCCCGACACGUCCCGUCGUUUACGGACCCAGCGCGCCAAGCAGAAGAUAGACUGUGGGCGGCCGCCACUCGUCAACGGGCUGGGCCAUCAUCAGGAGGAGCCGGAGGAGUGUUGGGAGGGGUACAAGAUAAAGUUGGAGGGUUCCUGAACCCAGAUCGAAGGUCGUUACCCAUGUAUAAGGAUAAACCGUAUGGAUAUGGUCCUGGCGGGGCAGGGAGGCCGAGACCGCUGCUAAGAAAAAAGAGGGUGUUGGGGUUCUUGACGCUCGUGGUGCUGGGAAUGCUGUGGUUUACGGGGGUGUUUGAUGAUCAUCAUGAAAGGGCGAGGGCGAAGUUGGGCGAUUGGGGGUGGUUGAGCUCGGAAGGUGGUACGGCGGGGAAGGCGAGGAGUAAGGCGGACUGGCUGAGGAGGAGGGAGAGGGUUGUUGAGGCUAUGGAGCUGAGUUGGGAUGCUUAUGAGAGAUAUGCUUGGGGUUACGAUGAGUUUCAUCCUGUGUCCAAGACGGGCCGGAAUAUGGCCCCCAAGGGUCUGGGCUGGAUCAUUGUCGAUUCGCUAGACACCUUGAUGAUCAUGAACUUGACUUCAAGGGUCACUCAUGCCCGGGAGUGGAUCUCCAAGUCGUUGACCUGGGAUCAGGACCAAGAUGUUAACACCUUCGAGACCACCAUCCGCAUGUUGGGCGGUCUUUUGUCGGCUUACUACCUCAGCACAGAGUACCCUCAUCUCGCCCCUAUCACCGAUGAUGACGUGGGUGCACCAGGCGAGGACCUCUACCUCGAAAAGGCCCGCGACCUGGCCGACCGCCUCAUGUCCGCCUUCGACACCCCCUCGGGCAUCCCCUACGCCAGCGUCAACCUCGGCAAAUUCCAAGGCCUCCCCUCGCACGCCGACAGCGGCGCCUCCUCCACCGCUGAAGCCACUACCCUCCAGCUCGAGUUCAAGUACCUCGCCAACCUGACUGGCGAAAAGGACUUCUGGGACCGCUCCGAAAAAGUCAUGCAAGUGCUCGACGACAACCAAGCCCCCGACGGUCUGGUGCCCAUCUACGUCCAGCCCAGCACGGGACGCUUCCACACUCAAAACAUUCGCCUGGGUUCUCGCGGCGACUCCUACUACGAGUACCUAAUCAAGCAGUUCCUGCAAACCAAAAAGGCCGAACCCAUCUACCAAGAAAUGUGGAACGACGCUCUCCACGGCAUCCGCAAGCACCUAGUUACUUACACCGAAAACAGCGGGUUCACCAUCGUCGGCGAACGUCCCUCCGGUCUCGAAGGCCACCUAUCUCCCAAAAUGGACCACCUCGUCUGCUUCCUCCCCGGCACCAUCGCGCUGGCCGCCACCGAAGGUCUUUCCGAGCGCGAAGCCCGCAAAAAGCCCGGUUUCUGGAACAAACAGCGCGAAGCAGACAUGCAGCUGGCCCGCGAACUGAUGCAGACCUGCUGGGGUAUGUACCGGUACAUGGCCACCGGUCUUGCCGCAGAAAUAACCUACUUCAAGAUCCCCUCCGACCCUUUGCCGGAGUCCACCACCCACGUCUCCCCACCAGACUCCAUCUUCGACACCCCCUCCACACCCGAAUCGCCCGCCUCCUGGCGCAAAGAUUUCGAAGUCCACCAGUUCGACUCGCACAACCUGCAACGGCCCGAGACCGUCGAGUCGCUGUUCUACAUGUACCGCAUCACGGGCGAGGUCAAGUACCGCGAGUGGGGGUGGGAGAUGUUCAAGUCGUUUGUGAACUACACGGCCGUUGAAGACGGCGGUGGUUUUACGAGCUUGUCGAAUGCCAACGUUAUCCCGCCUGUUACAAAAGAUAAUAUGGAGAGUUUCUGGAUGGCGGAGACGCUAAAGUAUUUCUAUUUGCUGUUUAGUCCGGAGGAUCUGCUCCCGCUUGAUAAGGUUGUUUUUAAUACUGAGGCGCAUCCGUUGCCGAUAUUUGAGGUGGGGAGGUUGUUGAAGACGGGGUGGGAGAGGAAGCCUAGGGCGACAGCGGCGGCGGGAGAGAAGUAG